CUUCUAUCCAUCUUACGACCAUGUCUGUGUCUUCUGUUAAAGGGGCCAACACUUACUAUUACUUUCACUACACUUCGGGCAGUGACGUCCCAGUAGAGGCAAAUUUUGCGACUGAAGAGAAGAAUCAACGAAUUGAUAGGCAGCAAGCCCCAUCCAUGGAGGACAUUGCUCAAAUCAUGGAGAACCCAAAUUACUCCACCGACUAUCUUGUCGCUGACGCUCGGGGUCUCAUCAAAGAUUUCCAGAACUGUGGUCAUGCUGUCCCGACAUGGCUUUCUGUCUUGGAUGGCAGUCUCGUUUCCGUAUUAUCUGCCAUGCUGGAUUGUGCGCCUAGUGAUCGUGGCCUGCGAUAUGUUAGCUCCGCUAUCUGCGCUUGCAAGUCCGACAGAAUGUUUAACCGCAUCAUGCAAUUGAGCUUAGUGUGGUUUGCACAUUUCUUGUGGCCCUUCAAGGCUCUCAACUGGUAUGAAGAUCGUGAAGCCCAGUCGUGUGAUGCUCUUCGGGAGCAGGUGCUACUUCGACAAAAUCACCGGUGUGCCAUAUCAGGUCUUGCGAAAAUCGGACACGAGAAACCACCUUGGUGUGGUUUGAGAAUCAGUCGUAUUCUCCAUACCCCAAUUAUAGGCUCUGAGAAGACUGAUUUCUUCGGGACAAUGACACGGGAGAUAAUCAAGAAUUAUAUCAACCCGGUGGUGAACCUGGACUACUCUGGUGGAUGGGGCCCCUAAUGCCAUCGCCCUGCAGCACUGACAUGAGUGUAUUCUUCAACAGUUUCUUGUUCUCACUCAAGCCAAUGACGAAUGCCAAUGAAUACCAUGCCGAGAUGUAUGGGGUACAUACAUGGCUCGUGCCCAUAAAAAGCCCUAUCGUCUUCGAGGGGGAUGCACCGCCCGACCCAGGAUACCUCCAUCUACAUGCAUAUGUGACAGAUGUGCUCCAACAAAGUGGUGCGGGGAAGGUCAUUGAUAGGAUUCUUAAAUGUCUCCCUACAUGGAUGUGCCCGACGGAUAUAAUUGACCUUCAGGGAGUCUUGGACAUGCUUAACCUUCGUUAUUCGCUGGUAACAGCUUUGAAUUUACCUGCGUACGGUGAUAUUCUUUUUUAA